AUGAUAGGGCCCCUGAAGAUCCGUGCUACAGCAACGGGGGCCCGUAUCAUCGAGGUUCCCGGCUCCACCAGUGCGGACAAAGCAGACGCUUUGGCCGCGAAGCUGAAGUCCGCACUGGCAGAGGAGGUGGAGGUUACGAGGCCCGUGAAGUUCACUGACUUGAGAGUCACGGGCCUCAGUGAUGCGACGACCGCGGACCGGCUAAUAGCCGCGGUCGCGCAGGAGGGGGGCUGCACCGAGGCCCAGGUCAGGGUGCGCAACGUGCGACCUGGGGUUCGAGGCACAGGCUCCGCCCUACUGGAGGUGCCGGCUGUGGCGGCCAAAAAGUUGCUGCAGCUGGGCAGUAUAUUGGUGGGGUGGAGCCAAGUGCGGUUCUCAUAUAUGGAGGCACGGCCCAAGCACUGCUUUAAGUGCUUGGGAAUGGGGCACGUUGCGGCCGCGUGCUCCAGUCCAAAAGACCGCAGCGGCUUGUGCUACCGCUGCGGCAAGGAGGGCCACAAGUCCGCCCAGUGUUCCGCGUCACCGCGCUGCGCUGUGUGCGCUGACGCGAGCAUGCCGGCGGACCAUGUGAUGGGGGGUCAUUCGUGCCGCCCCCCAUCCACCCGUGGGAAACUCCCGGCCCAACCGAAAAGGGUGGGGGUUUCGAGGCAGGCGUCAGGAGCUGAGAUGUCCGAGUAA